AUGUUCAGCUUCCAACCUUAUGACGAAACUUCUUCAACUUGGUUUAAUAUAGAACCAACCUCAUCUGGUUCCUUACAAAGGAACUCUCGUUACAACCAGAACAAUCAUUUAUUGGAAGAUGAAGAAUUACUUGUUAUGAAAUUAUACAGCCCAAGUACAUCAGGAGCACCAGUGAAUGUAAUGCGUGCUGAUGUCUUCCCUAAUUGUCCUUGUGAGACCUUCAGUAGGGCGCCGGCACCCCAGGGGGCCUACCAGAAACAGCGGCACCCUCCGGGGCCCUCCCAAAGACAACGGUGUUCCCAGGGGCCCUUCCAGGGGUGGCGGAGACUGCAGGGGCCCUGCCAGGAGCUGUGGGGCUCCCAAGGGCCCUUCCAGGGGCGGCGGAAUCCCAAGGAGCGGCGGCUGUCCCAGGAGCCUCCCCAAGAACGGUACCCCAAAGAGCCCUCCCAAGGGCGGUGCCCCUAG